AUCACAUUUCUUAUAUCCCUGCAUAAAGAUAACCUUACCUCGGCCCCACAUCAAUUCACCAUAUAGACAUCACAAAUCAUCCCAUCUACCGAGUGCCUCAAACUCAUAAAAUAUGUAAAUAUGGAUUCAUCUGAGUCGAAAAAGGAAAAUGAUAAUGAUGAGAAGGUAAGGAGGUUUCUUGUCUUUUGCAUGUUUUGUGUUUGGCCAUCUGUUCUUUUUAUGUAAUUCUUUUGAGCUUCAUCAAUCUGGCUUCAAUAUCCCAUUUCUAUCACGAUAUCUAUGUAAUUUUUCCUGAUUGAUUGAUUGAUUGUUCGUUCGAUCAUUUUUGAUGAAUUGAAUCGGGCAUAAUGGUAUGCAUUCGCUUUAUAGAGAGACAAGUUUAGCUUACAAGAUUAUAGUCCGUCGUAUCAUCAUUCGCAUCAGUCUCUUCCCCUCACUCACCCACCUACCUAACCGGCCACAUACCCACCAAGUGGUACCACAUCCAACUGCGUACAAUCACUCUUCUCGCUCUUCCCGUUCUUUCCCUCAUCGGUGUAUUUGGAGCCUACAUCAUUGGAGGCCUUAACGGAACAUUUGAACACAUCACCAAUCUCGUUAGACAAGAAAACCCGCCCGCUGUUUUUCCAGAUGCUAAAUACUUGUUACUGAAAGAUUAUACGGGUAUUAAGGGUCUUGAUAAACAGCUGACUGUUCUGGUGACUUUCUUUGCGACUGUUGUCGAUAGAAGAAAUGUUGUGGUAUGGCUACAUUCAAUCUACGGAUUGGGACAGCUUGGUGCAGCAUGGACUCUACUGGUAAUGGAGAGUUUACGAAGUGGGAAUAAAGGGAGAGCUGUUAGUUUGUAUGCAGUCCUAAAGUUUCGUUUUAAGCUAUCCAUCCCAACCUCUUAUAAUCGCGAAGAAUGGCGAAGAAUACUCCAAUCGUGUCGGAUGAAAUCGUACAAUCAGAUUACGAGGAAAUUGCUGACCAGACAUAAAUAGUAUCGGGACGGUUGGAUUUAUUUUUCAAAACAUCACCUAUGCAAUCACAGUACCAAUCUAUCUAUUUAUCCACCUCUUAACGUCACCUGUCGCAAAGCCAUUUCCAGGAACCUAUGCGAAUAGUGUUCUUCUCAUUUCGCCCCUGGAUCUAAAGAUUCUACCACUCUCAAUCACCUUAACCUAUAUUGUCCCUACCUUUCUCAUGGGCCUUGACGCUCCCUCCAAAGUAUCAGGACCUGCGCAUCAGCAGCUGAUUGCUUUUUGGCAACCGUUUCCAAUCUGGACAGUCAUCAUUCAAUGGACUCUCCGUUCAACUUUCCAAUUCAUUGGAUCGAAAGUCUUCUCGAAAGAUCCAAAACAGCCGCUCACACCUCUAGGGACUUCCUAUCUCAGCAACGCCAAACAUGUCUACCGAUUCGUACUUACGUUCUGCGUAUUGACACACCUUCCUGUUCUUCUCGUAGCUCUCAUCCCCGCCUCAGUCAUCUCAGAUACUCUGCCCAAACUUGCUCCUUAUGCUAGUCUCAAUUUCUUCGACAUUUACGUUCCCUACUUUCCUUUUCCACUCUCACAGCGCGUCUCCAAUCUUGCAAGCGGCGCACACACGUUUCUUCAAUGGGAUUUGGCGACCGGGUCAACAGCACUCCUGUUGUGGGCUAUAUUGCUACAUAGAAAUGCUACUGCAGAAAAAUCAAUAGUAGAUCCUAACACUAGUCUCCCAUCUUAUCAGAUCCGGGAGAUGCUCGCCGGGAAGGGGAAUAGAGUAGGAGCGUCAAAGAGAAAACUGUUGGUCAAGAUCGGCAUGUGGAUGUUGGUAGCUGGUCCAAUUGGGGCGGUCACUGUCCUGUUAUGGGAGAGAGAUGAAAUCGUACGACAGAAGAUUAAGCAGGGUAUUUGAUUUGAGGUUGAUAGUGUUGAGGUCUUGGCUAUAUGGUGGGAUGUCUCGAGGUAAAGCCAAAUACGACGUGUAUGACACAAAAUGCAAGUUUUGGUAGUGGAGUUGGGUAAAAUGUUCUAUUAUGCAAUAUAUAAAAUAUAUUACUCUCUGCUUCACUCAUAUUUUUGACUUUCUUCCUUGUUUCAACUCUCAAAAUAUUUCGAGCACUCAGAUACAUCAAUUCACAGCAUCGACCGGGUAACAAUUGACAACACAACACAGGGCGCAAAUCCCCCACGCACAACCAUAGC